UGCGCCUACCGCGGGGACCCCGGGCGCUGCGCCGUCUACGCCGCCCGCGGCGCGCGCUACUGGAAGCAAGUGCUGGGCGGGCUGCGCAGGAAGCGGCGGCCCUGCCAGGACCCCGCGCCGCUCCGAGCCCGCCUGUGCGCCGGCAGGAAGGGCCAGGGCGCCGAGCUGCGCCUGGUGACCCACGCGCCCCUACCCGCCCGCCCCACUGCGGCCGGCUUCCCCCCGGAUCCCAAACCCCGCGGCAUGUAACGGGGGGAGGGUUUAGGGAGCCCGCGUUUGGGCCCGCCACCGCCGUUCCGCCUUCCCUGAGCGCGCGCCCCGAAGGGAAAGUCCUCGGAGAAGAAGACGAAAGGGGGCAAGAGGAAGGCGGCCUCGGACCCGGACGAGGAGCGACCCCUGGGGACAGGGCCGGAUCCCGACGGGCUGGACGGGAACGCGAAGUUCGCGGAGACCUACUGUGCCGAGAAGUGGCACUCCCUCUGCAACUUCUUGGUUAGCUUUUGGAACGGCUGA